AAUGCAUGCAUUUAUUACAUGCCAAAAUACCACGUGGUUUAUAGCAAGCGUUUACUAUGAAUGCUUUUCUUCUUCUAGAAGUCUUAGAACAGAGGUAUAAUUCGCAUUUUACGGAACUACGGAAUAAAAUAACCAGUCGAACAAAAACAGGUUCAUUAUGGAAUUGUAAUCCCCACUCCUCCAGACCCGUCGGACACAGUAUGCAAAAGAGCCUGAAGCUGAAACUUCAAAAUGCAGUGAAUCAUAUCGCAGACGCCGACACCCCUGCCCUCUUUGUAGGGGGCAGGAGGCGUAAUCGGAAGAAGCGAAAGAACAAAAAUGGACAAGCCAAACGAAAACAAAAGAAAACGACCGAACCAGAGUAUCCAUUUAUAAUAAAGUCUGUCACACCAGAUUUUGAAUACUAUCAAGACUAUGUGCCACAGAAGCCUACAGUACCAUCCGUUGAUGUAAAGGAACCAGUGUCGUGCCUGGAUAUUGGGGAACCAGUAUUCAUAUUUGAACCGGAAGGAAAGACACAGAUUCUAAUUACUAAUCCGGACCGUGAUUCACUGUACAGUAGCAAUGAAAGUUUGGAGUCCUCACACUGCAGACAUGACAGUGGUUGUGAACAAGAAACACAACUGGAUGAAGAUCCCGACUCAGCUUCGGACCUAGAAGUUAUUGAAGAUAUACAAACAGAACCGAACAAGAAAGGCUUUCCAAGGGCACAUAGUCGCGAUUCUGGAGUGUUUGACGAUGAUUCUGUUGAUGAUGCUGAAUUUGAUGAAGAUAUACUUGAUGACAACACCCAGUCAGAUAUAUCACAUGAUGAAAGUUUUUGCUGCAGUCUAAAAGAUGAACUUGAACAAGCUGAGAUUAAUCUGGCAUCACCAACAGAAUGUAUAGACGACGUAGGCCAGUUUGAGGAAGUUGACUUGUCUGAAGAUUUGUCAGUAGUCAAGGACGUAGAACAAAUUGACGUCAAAAUAAUUACUGAUUUGAAUCAUAUCUCGGAUAAUGAACAUUUCCUCAAACUGGUUCACGAUGACGACGAUGAUGACAUCAUAUUCGACAUAUCUCAAUUGGAACUCAACACCACGGAGGAUGAUAUUUCGAACAUCGGAAAAGAACUUUUUCAGCUUAAGAUUAAUGAAGGCUCGAUUUUUGAUCCGACGGACCUGGAGGAGCAUACCCCGCAAAGAUUUCCUAUGGACCUACUUAUUGAUGAUGAAAAAGACGACGAGGUUUUGUUUGACGCUGGUUCCCGCAAGGAACUGAGUAUAACAUGCAAUCCGCUCUACGAACAAAGUCUGAAAGAUGAGGAAGAUAAACUUUCGAUAAAAAGUUACCAGAGUGGUUUCAAGACAGAUUUCGAUAAUGUCAAUCAUAUUCGGAUUUCUGGAACAGCGUCAAAUAAAACACAGAAGGAGUCGUCUCGUCUGCUUUCAUCACAAGAUGAUGACAUGGCCUGCUGUAUUAUCUUGUAAAUCAUGCCUGUGACAAACUGUGAAAAAAAUGUGAAAAAAAUGACAAAAUGCGAGAAAAAAAGACCAAAAAAACAGUGUGACAUUUGCUGUAAUAUUUUUUCAUGGCUUUUUAAGUUAUUUAUGUUGUGUUGUUUCUUGCUUUUAUUGGUCACGUUGUGUUGUUGCUCUCUAAAUCUACAUUUAACUUGUGUUAGUGAAUCAUUUGAUAUAAUUAUUAUACUUUUAUUUUGUUAUUUCCUUUUGUGCAAUUCCAUUGGCAUCUCAUGUAAUAACUGUAUGAUUGUUUAUGUUCAAUAUAUAAUGUAGUAAGUACUUUCAUACUACGCACAGUCACUUCUUAAAGGAUCUUCAUCGAUGUUUAUAAGACUGAAAACAUGAAAUAUCAAUUUCUUACAUAGAUCAGCUGGGGCAUUUAAAACAGAACGAUAUUCAAAAGAAAACCAAGAAAUAUACUCAAAAAUAAAUAACUGAUAGUAUUUUAGCCCGAUUUGCAAUUGUCGGUCAUUGAAUGAUAAUUUUGGAAAGAACGAAUCGAGCGCAAGAUAUAAACUUUUGCACACAAGUUAUUGUUAUAGACCUUUAUCGAAUGGUGCAUAAAUCUCGAAAAAAAUAUUUUCUGUUCCGACAAGUCAACAAAACACAUUAGAAGUGAAGUACAUGCGAAACACUUUUCAUGUCACAAACUGUGUAAAAAUAGGACUUAUUUGGCGUUCCAUAUUUUUUAUUAUUAUGAGAAGUAUGUUUCAUUCUUUGAUCUUGUCCGAUUAAUUAUAAACAAGAAAAACAAAAAUAUUUAUGUUCGGUAAAUGUUAUAUGCAUUCUGCAAAUUACGAAAAAAAAUGUUUUUGGAAAUCUUGAGAUGAGGAUGUUUUUCUGUUUUGUAUAAUAAUUUUUUGCAUAGAAAUCACACAUAAUUUAAGUAUGAAACAAAUGUUAUAUUAAUAUUUUAGAACUGAAACUUAUACAUGCACUAACCCGAAUUUUUAACGAAAAGUGGGACUUAAUGUAUACAUUUUGUUUUUAUCGUUUGGUCGUUAUUUAUUCCUUAUUACAUACAUAACGGACUGUUUGACAAUAUUCAUGCUAUGGUUUAGUGUGCGUGACUGUCACGCGCAAAUCUCAAAUGAGCUUAUUCUCGGAGUGCGUAAUAGACAGGUUCAAAUCUUAAAUAGACUCGUUCUCAGACUGGACAAAUAAUUUUUAGCUGUUUAUUUCUACUGACUUUGAAUUCAGUAUGUUACGUAUAUACCCAACAUUAAGGUCCGGUUUAACAUAGUAAAAUGUGUUUAAAAUACUGACCAUUCCACAUAACAUGAGUUUCGCAAAGCACUCUUUUUGUUGUUAAAAAUUGUAGUAAAACGAUCUUUUAAACUAGAUUUUGAUUAGUUUUAGUAAAUGUUUGCGAUUGGGAAACAAGUUUCCUUUAUGAGAAUGUUCCACCAUGUCCAGAAAAGCACUUCCAUUAAGCUAAGGUUACGCGUAUAUACCCAUUGCGUUAUUUUUCAUUGCAAUUGAAAUUUGGUACUUUUGGAGCAAAAUUAUUCUCAAUAUUUUUACCAUGAUUUUUUUCAAUGGCUAUUUUUUUUGGCUACAAAAUAUAUUCAAUCUCAGGUUAUUACAGGUCAAGUUAAGGUCAUGUCUUUUUAUUGCUAGAAUUACAUUUGCUGCUGUAAAAACAUUGCUACCAUGAAAAUAGCUUAUCAUUUUGACUUUAUUUUCUAAAUUAUCUUUGAUCUCCAGAUUAUUCUGUAUGACUUUGUUUACAUUUUUUAUGAUUAAACAUGCAUUUUUUUUAUAUCAGAGUAACACACGUACAUGAACACACAAAAAGUAUUGAUAAACUUUAAUAUGAUUACAAUUUCCUAAAUUAAUAUACAUUGUACCAGAAAAAAAUAAUUUUAAUAUGACUCUGUUUUAAUAAUUUUUCAUCAGCUGAUCAUAAGUUUAAAAAUAAGCUUUUGUCAUAUUUCAUUGUUUUUAAUCGAUUAUAGAAAACUACUGUAUUUCAAUUUUGUCAAUA